CCAUUGUGGGCAUCCCUGAGUUCUGGGUCUAGGUGGACUCUGAGCAAACUGGAAUGUAACUAAAUGCAUGAUAUUGACCUUGAGCUCAUAAGGCUACUGACAAUCACACACACAUGCAUAAGUCGAAGUGACCAGACUUGACAUUCCUGAGUUCUGGGUUUCUGACCCGUCUGGAUGGAUCCAGAAACACGUCAUUUUAAUGUUAGGCUCGUAACAAAAGGAGUAGAUAACCUUUACUAAGGACUUCCAAGAUAUGGUAAUUUACGAUAACAUUUGUUUACUUACAAUAUGUAGUCAGAUUAUAUUCUAAGGUUACAUUCCCUUGUACAUAUUUCCCUAGCCAUCACCCGGUAAUCUUCUUAGGGGUAAACCUUUCCAACCACUCUCCACUACCCCUUACUGCAGUUUUGCAGGUGGUGGCCACAGAUAAUAGCUUUUUCCUUAUCCUUCCUGACUGAUUCUUCUCUAGUUUUGUGUUUUGCUAGUGUCCUUGUCACUACUGGUAGCAUGAGGCAGUACCUGCAACCCAUUCAGAUUGCAUAGGUUGUCCAGCUUCUCCAGGAUGGCACAUCCAUAUGCAGGACGUUUUGCUGUGUCUCCCAGUACAGCUUCAAGAGCAUGGAAGAGAUUCCAGGACAUGGGCCGUUACACAAGGAGAGCUGGACAGGGCUGUAGAAAAGCAUCAACCCAGCAGCAGGUCCGGUAUCAGCUUCUUUGUGGGAGGAGGAACAGGAGGAGCACUGCCAGAGCCCUACAAAAUGACCUCCUGCGCGCCACUGAUGUGCGUGUUUCUGGCCAAACUGUCAAAAACAGACUCCAUGAGGAUGGCAAGACCCAACUAAUGUCUGCAGUUUUCCCUCUUUGAUCCUUGAAGACUCUUUGGCCACUUGGACCAUCCUCUUUACUGUGCGUGUGGUCAAUAUAGACACACUUCCUCCUCCAGGCCGAUUGCUAACAUCUCCAGUUGCUUUACAUUUCUUAAUUAUUGUCAUGAUAGUAGAAAUGGGUAUUUUCAAUCAAUUAGCUAUUUUGUAUAACUUUUUCCUGAUUUAUGCAGCUCAACAACAUUUUGUUGCACAUCAUUACUGUAUUUUUUGGUCUUUCCCAUAGUGAUGGAUGACUAUGGGAAUUGGCUUAUUUGUCACAGUAUAUUAUACCCCAGUGAAACAGAUAGUUAUGGCUUACCACUUAGGUGAUCCUACUCAAUCAGGUAAACUUAAAAACUUAAAAUAUGAAUAUACUUCAGUUACAUAUUAGUCAUAAAAAUGAAUUGGGACACACGCUUUUUAUUUAAUUUAUUUCACAUUAGUUUUUUGCAAUAAUUUUACUUCAACUUAAGGUUAUAUUUUUAUGAAUAUUUCAAAUGAAAGGCCUAGAGUAUAAACAGCACCAAAAAAAAUCACACGCUGUUUUGUUAAUGUUUCCCAAGGGUUUCGUGCCUCUGUGUCACCUCAUAUUUGUACCCCAGUGAAACAGGACAUGGAUGACAGCUUAACAUUGACAAAGACUCAGACUUAAAAUAGUAAUGAAAUCUUAAUAAGAAUACAUAAAUUAUUUGUUAAUAGAAUUUCUGGGAGGACAAAGAAUUGUGGCAUUCAGGUUUUUUAAUGUAAAAAAUUUGAAUGGGGUUUUCUCAAAAUUUUCUCUCAAUUAAAGAUUAGUUUUUUACUGUAAGCUCCAGCGGAUGAACAGAAAUUGCAAGUUUUCCUAGUCUUUUUUUGUUAAUAUUUAGAUGCCAAUAAUUAUAAAGGCCAUUGUAUAAUAUAGUUAAAACGCAUUACUCAGGGCUUCUCAAAUGUUUUUGUCCCGUGACCUCAUUUUGAUAUUUAAUUAAAAAUCACGUAUUCAAUAUUCACUUUCUGAAUUGGAGCUUUUAUAAUCUGUCAAAUAUGUUUUCAUAAAUCUGUAAUAAUACUGAAAUCUGGAUGAUAUUUGAAAGAUUUGGGAAAUUCAAGAAAACAUCUUGGCUUCAACUGUAUUAAAAUAACAUUGGGAUAUUCUAGAAAACACCUUGGCUUCAACUGUAUUAAAAUAACAUUAUCAUUGAGGGGGAUCUUUCUCCUCUGUCUGAUUUUCUGCCUGCCUUAGGCAGACCCCUUAUUCUCUACAUUUUGCUAUAGACUUAAUUUUUUAUUUCUGUAUUUAUUUCUUUUUUUGCCUUCAAUCUACACACAAUAACCUAUGAUAGGAACUUGAGAUAUUUUGUGUAUAUGAUAUAUUUCAUAAAUUGGAAGACAUUUCUAAAAAUCAGUUUUUUCUUUGUCAUAAUGGGGUAUUGUGUGUGUAGACAAAAGGAGGAGAAAGCUUUCCAAAGGCACUGUCAUGUGGGGGCCCUCUAACAAAAUCUCUCUUUGGGCCCCUGGAUUUACUCGGCUCUGGUUAAGACCAAUGUGCGCUAUGUAAAUCAACAGGGCAUAACGACAGUCCUGACUGUGUGGUGGAGAGAUAUUGUUUGGAGAGCUUGAACGAAACUAACUUGUAUAAACCUGGCUGUUUUUCAUAUUUGUCUUUGUUUCUAAUUAGUACUUCAGGUGGUUUGACAGGAAAAAUGUAAUCAUCUACACUGCAAAUACAUUGUGAUUGAUUUGGGAUAUAAUUACCGACACAAAGAAAUGAUUCAUAUGGGAGCAAGGUAAUGAUGUCGUGGAUCAGUCUGAUGGUUUUUCUGCACACUUUGACUGUGCCAGCCGUCUACUGCUUUCCGAGUGAGACCUGUCCACGAAAAGAACCCCCUCCUGGGGUGCUAGUGUUGCAUCCGGGCAGCACUCUGGUACUGGGCUGCAGUGGUUUGGUGGCGGUGAACGGCCGAAGGGUAAAGGUUAACGGGUCAGAACACCCCAGUAGGAGCACUGGAGUACACAUCACCACAGCCAUCGCCAGUAACGGAGCUACAGCCAGUGCUGUAACAGACGGCAAUGUCAUUGGGAAAUACACGUCUGCUAACAGAGUGGACACUGCUUUCUUUAAUGAAACGGACACCCCUGUCGUCAGCGGAACAGACCAUUCCAAGACAAACCGCUUUGAUGGAACUGUCACCAGGAGCCAAGAGGUCAGACACCUCACCACACUUCCUGCGAGACAUUCAGACUCACAGAGCCGGCCUUCACCAAUUGGGACUAUGAUCCUGCCAACCACAGACAGCAGAGUGGAAGGGGCUGUGACUGAGCUGCAUUCAGAUUGGUGGGAUGAAAAGAUGGACAGGGACUACGAGGAAGAAGUGGCAGAGGGCAGGACCGUGAGGGGGCAGAGAGAAAGGUCUCAGUGGAGGCUGAAUGGGAAGCUGCUGAGAGGAAGAAAUGAAAUGGAAGGAGGAAAAAGAGUGUUGAGUAAGAGAGGUGCCAUCCUGACCGUGCCCUCUGUGGAUUUCACUGACUCUGGGAACUACAGCUGCCAACGAGGGGGCAAACUGGUCUCCUCACUGAGUGUGAGCGUGUCAGUUCCUCCAGAAAGGCCUACAUUGUCCUGCUAUAAGAGAUCACCCAGCAGUAAGAUCCGCUGCGAUUGGACAGCCAGUCAACCGGUGACUCCUGCCCCUCAAUGCUACCUCCUCGUACGAAAAACAUUGUUCGGGUCAUUUUCUCGUGUGAAUUGCUCCUACUCAACCAAGAUGUCUCGGUGCUGGUGUGUGUUGGAGCAUCAGGUGGAGAACAACAGAGACUCCCACCUGGUCUACCUGUGUGUAACCAACACCGCUGGCAACACCACCAGUCACCCCCUUGACUUCCAGCCUCUGGACAUCAGUAAGUUAAAGCCAGACCCCCCAAGCAACAUUCAGGUGAGGGUUGUGGAGGGCCAGGAGAGGAGACUGUGGGUAAGCUGGUCUAUCCCUCGUUCCUGGAAAGAAAGAGACCUCUACCACGAGCUGCGCUAUGAGCUCAGAUACCACACCGUGCCACAGGGAAUACAGAUUAAUGGGAGCACCACAAUGCGGAUGUAUUGUAUAACGGAUGCGUUGCCUGGGGAACGGUACCUGAUCCAACUCAGAGCUAAGGAGGAGUUCGACGGUUACUGGAGUGAAUGGAGCGAACCAGUCUACGCGUCCACCUGGAAAGCCCCUGGGCCAACACCGCCGAAUGACCUUUCUACUAUAAUGCAGGACAUUGAGGGCACAGAGUCUGGCUCUGGGAUGACUGAAGAACUCGAAGUCACUGAGUUGGAUGGUGGUGUAGAAGUGUGGCCUCAUGUCCUGUGGGUGAUUGGUUCCUGUGUGUUGCUGUCAAUCACUCUGCUCUCCAUCUACCUCUACAGACACAGGGUGAGAUUCAUGUCAAAACUGCAGCGACUGAGUCCUGUUUCCUCCUCUUCUGCUGGCCACUCCCUUCCAGCCACGGUCUUGCCUUACCAGGAAGGACAUGCCCUCGUGAAUUUCAACACUCCAUGCUACAAGGAGCGCCUCCCACAGGACGAACAGAAAAAGGUGGAGAAUGAAGGAGAGGAAGGAGAGGAAGGAGAGGAAAGAGAGGAAGAAGAGGAAAUAGAGGAAGUUGUUCACUUCAACAACACAAGCUACUUUCUAGUCCAGAAUAACUAAUGUGCCAACUUGUGACUUUUCACCCCAUGUUCCUCAAUCGAAUGAUCUCAUUGCACCUGACAAGACAAAAGGCCAGUCAGCUGGAUCAAGAGGUGGAGCUUGCUGGACUUUAGCUGAAACAUCUGCAGAAGGUGCCUCAGUUGGAGUAGUCUCUUUUGCUUGGGAAUCAGAUGGAUGGGAUUCUGAAGACUGCGGUUUUGCCUCAGGAUCAGCAGAUGACCCUUAAAUAUUAAAUAUACAUUAACACAAAUGAA